UCCGUUCGGUUCGACUUAUGCUCUUCCGUUUCGCGCCUUAGUCAACUUCCGGUCGUGCACCGGAGCGGAUGUGUUAAGGUGGUUGUUGUGUGUGUAUUCUUGUUCGAAUUUAUUUUUUUUUUCUAUUUAUCUCUUUGUAAGAAAUUGAAGAGAUUACAUUUAAUUUAUUAUUAUAAUGAGAAACGGCCUUCAAUACGAAGAAAUAUGAAGAAACUCUGCAUUGUCCGAGUACCGACGUUUCUGAUCGAAUACUUUUUUGUUGUCCAUCGCCCGUCCUCGAGAGGACAGUAGUGGAAGAGACAGGCUUCGAAUACGAGUGCCUUAUGGAAUGUGUUUGCAUCGAUAAAGCAUGUGCUCCAAUAUAAACGAUAUUGAUGGGAAUGUUGAACAUGGUGCAAAAGUCAGAUAACGGAAACGGCGCCGGCCUCCGCACGCACGCGAUUUUGAUCGACCGCGAGUUCACCGCGGCCUUGGUGCAUUAGACGACCGUGGAUGCAGCAGAUGCAAUCAGAAUGUCAUUCUUCGGGCGGAAAAUGGGUGGUGGAAGGAGCGGUGGAGGAGGUUCCGAGCACACCGGUCGUAACUUGCAGGACGGUCUGUUUCAGAUCGCGUCGCAAGCUUGCCAUAUCCUAGUGCAAGUGAAUAACACGCACAAUGUUUCUUAUGGGGGUAGCAAUAAUGUGAAUAAUAUCGCGUAUUCGAAAUAUUCUACGGCCGGCGGUUCGACCGCUCCGACAACGUCGUCAUCAACGAAAGGGACGACCAUCGACAAAACUUAUCCGAAGUAUGCGGAGUCUCGAGAUAAAGACCAAGAUGUGGUCGUAUUACUGCCACAUCGCAAGAACAGAGCACCGCGACUUAAGCACAAAUUGUCGACAGUGUCCGAAAAUGCACGAUUGGACGUAAACUCUCCAGGUGGCGACGAUGACUUUGAGUUAUGGGACCAGUCUGGAUUUAUGUUAAGAACCGAUAUUGACGAUCCUCUCAUGAAUGCAAAAUGGGGCGCGCAGAAUUGGUGCAGACCCAGUUGCAUACCGAUAACGAUCAUAUUAAUUUUGAUCGUCCUGGUUGUACUUUUGCCAUUGUUGGAUCACGCGGCGGACAAAUACACGUUAAAUUCUACCGCAUUGGAUUCAGAAUCUACGUGCAUGGAUCAUUGCAGUAUAUUCUUGGUGGAAACUAUACCCAUAGGUUUAAAUUACAGUAAUAAUACUGCGCGGCAUAAAACUAUCUAUGAUUCUUGGUUGGAUCUCAUUGAAAUGGCACAGGAUACUAUUGAAAUCGCCUCACUUUAUUGGACGAUGAAGGGGGAAGAUGUGCUUCCCGAUAAUAGCGCUAAGGAGGGAGAAGAAGUGUUCCAGGCACUCUUAGAAGCUGGAAGAGAUAGACAGAUAGUGUUAAAAAUUGCACAGAAUCUUCCUUCUCGCUUGUCACCGAAUGUCGAUACACAAAUUUUGGCCAGAAAAGCUAACGCAGUGGUGAGGGAUUUAAAUUUUGCUGGAUUGUUGGGUAGCGGUGUACUUCAUACAAAAUUGUGGCUCAUCGAUCGUACUCAUGUAUACGUUGGGUCAGCCAAUAUGGAUUGGAGAUCCCUUUCGCAAGUAAAGGAACUCGGUUUGGUGGCGUUGAAUUGUUCCUGUUUAGCGAAUGAUUAUGCUAAAAUAUUUGAUGUGUAUUGGAAGUUAGGUAAAGAUGGUAAAGUGCCUUCCACGUGGCCAGAUUCUUUCAGCACAAAGAUAAAUAUAGAUAAUCCUAUGAAUUUUACAUACAUGGAAAAUAAGUACAAAAUAUUUAUCGCGAGCUCACCUCCGCCGUUUUCGCCGAAAGGCAGAAGCAACGAUCUAGACGCGAUCUUAUACUGCAUUGCUAAAGCGGAAAAGUUUAUUUAUAUCUCUGUGAUGGAUUAUUUCCCAUUAACAAUAUAUUCUGCACAAAUAAAAUAUUGGCCUAUAAUAGACAAUGCUCUGAGAGCAGCAGCCAUCGAACGUAAAAUAGAUGUGCGUCUUUUGAUUUCCUGGUGGAAACAUUCAAGACCGUCCGAAUCGUAUUUUCUUAAAUCAUUGCAAGAUCUUACGCACUCGUACACUAAUGUCAAAAUCGAAAUAAAAAGAUUUAUCGUACCCACUUAUCCGGACGUAGAUAGAAUACCGUUCACGAGAGUAAACCAUAAUAAAUAUAUGGUAACUGAUAUAGCAGCCUAUAUAGGAACGAGCAAUUGGUCGGGCGAUUACUUCAUUGACACAGCCGGUAUCGGUACUGUAUUCGAAAGCGUUGGACGUCAAAAUAGGGAUAAUAUAAGACAACAGCUGGAAAAUAUCUUUCACCGUGAUUGGUAUUCCAACUACUCGUUCCCAUUAUAUAAUAUAAGUGAGACACGUUCCGAAAACUCAUGGGGUUUAUCGAGAAAUUCAUAUCAGCGUUUGUCUUAUUAAACUUAUAUAGAUACGUAAUUAUAAUAUAUGUAUAUAUACAUACAUAUAUAUGUAUAUAUACUCGCCUUGAUUACGACUUUUAAUUAUGAAAAAUUUUAUCGUAUUGAUCGUAUUAUCAUAUUUGCAAAAAGAGAAUUCAUUUCAUUUAUCAAUGGAA